GCUCCGGAAGGAAGAGGCGCCGAAACCGUGGCGGACGGAAUUAAACCGCGGCAACCAUGGCGCGGGCCAAGGCAGCCGUGGUCCUGUGUAUGGAUGUGGGCUUUUCAAUGAGCAAUUCUGGUCCUGGAGAGGAGUCUCCUUUAGACCAAGCCAAGAAAGUGAUGACAAUGUUUGUGCAGCGACAGGUGUUUUCUGAGAGUAAAGAUGAAAUUUCCUUGGUUUUAUUUGGCACAGAGAACACUGCAAAUAGUCUUGCCAGAGGGGAUCAGUAUCAGCAUAUUACUGUGCACAGACACCUGAUGCUGCCAGAUUUUGAUUUGUUGGAAGACAUACAUAAUGUGAUUCAGCCUGGUUCUGAACAAGGGGACUUGCUUGAUUCUCUCAUUGUGUGCAUGGACUUGCUUCAGAAGGAAACAAUAGGGAAAAAAUAUGACAAACGACACAUUGAGGUUUUUACUGACCUCGGUAGUCCUUUCAGUGAGGAUCAACUGGAUGUCAUCAUUGCUAACUUGAAGAAAACAGGCAUCUCACUUCAGUUUUUUUUGCCAUUUCCAGGGAAUGAUGAAGGCGGAAGCGGGGACCCAACUGGUGGUGUCCAGUCUAAUAGUAACCAAAACCCUUUCCCAAGGAAGGGGCUAAAUGAGCAGCAGAAAGAAGGCCUCCAGAUGGUGAGGAAACUUAUGUUAUCAUUAGAUGAAGAAGAAGGUCUGGAGGAUAUCUACACUUUCAGAGAGAGUCUGGAGCGGCUUUCAAUAUUCAAGAAGGUUGAACGGAGACCCAUGCCUUGGCCCUGCCAGCUUACAAUUGGUUCUAAAUUGUCUAUAAGGAUUGUGGGCUACAAAUCUUUCACUGAGGAGAAAGCGAAAAAAACCUGGAUGGUUGUGGAGGCCAAGACUAAAAAAAAAGAGGAUGUGCAGAAAGAAACAGUUUACUGCUUGAAUGAUGAUGAUGAAACAGAAAUUCAGAAAGAGGAUGUUAUUCAAGGAUUCCGUUAUGGGAGUGAUAUAGUUCCUUUCUCUAAAGUAGAUGAAGAACAGAUGAAAUACAAGUCCGAUGGAAAAUGUUUUGCUGUCUUGGGGUUCAGCAAGUCAUCUCAGAUCCUGAGACAUCACUACAUGGGGUAUCAGGUUCUGAAAAUCUUUCCAGCAAAGGAUGAUGAGGCUGCUUCAGUUGCUCUUUCCGCCCUGAUUCAUGCUUUGGAUGAGUUGGAUAUGGUGGCCAUAGUGCGUUAUGUCUAUGAUAGAAGGUCUCAGCCCCAGGUUGGAGCAGCCUUUCCAUUAAUUAAGGAUGACUAUGAGUGUUUGGCAUAUGUACAGCUACCUUAUAUGGAAGAUUUGAGGCAAUACAUGUUUACCUCCUUGAAAAAUAAUAAAAAGUGUACACCAACAGAGGAUCAGUUGCGUGCAGUGGACUCUCUGAUUGAUUCCAUGAGCUUGGUUUAUGAAGAUGAGAGUGAAGGGACAAUUGAGGAUAUAUUUAAAACUAGCAAAUUCCCAAACCCUCAGUUUCAACGAUUGUACCAGUGCUUGCAGCAUAAAGCGUUCCAUCCUGAUGCACCUCUGCCCCCUAUUGAAAAACAUCUCUUAGACAUGUUGGGGACACCCCAGGAAGUGACAGAGAAAUGCCAGGUUCCCCUUGGAAAAGUAAAAACACUGUUUCCUUUGAAGGAUGUAGGUAAAACAAAAGAGCAGAAGACAGCUCAGCAUAUCUUCAAAGACCAUAAUGAAGAUGCGCCCGAUGCUAAAAAGUCAAAAACAGAAGACAAUGAAGGUGGCUUUAGGAUUGCAAGCCUUGCUGAAGGCAACGUCACCAUGGUUGGGAGUGUUAACCCAGCAGAAAACUUCAGAGCGUUGGUGAGGCAGAAGAAUGCUGACUUCAAGGAAGUCAGUCAGCAGCUGAUAAAACACAUUGAUCAGUUUUUGGAAAACAGAGGAACCCUCUACUAUAUGAAGAGCAUCAACUGCAUACAAGUUUUCAGGGAGGAAGCUAUUAAGCUGUCAGAAGUGCAGUGCUUUAAUGAUUUUCUGGAGGCCUUGAAAAAAAAGGUGGAAGGUAAAAACCUAACUGAUUUCUGGGAGAUUAUAAUACAAGAUGGAAUUUCCUUGAUCUCAAAAGAAGAAGCUGAAGGAAGCUCUCUGACAGCGGAAGAUGCCAAAAAGUUCCUUGCUCCCAAAGAAACACCCAUGGAAGCUUCACCAGUAACAGAUGAAGGUGGCGAUGUUGAUGAUCUACUGGACAUGAUUUAAAUGGAUGGGCAGCAUCUGGGAAACUAUGGAUCCAAAGAUGUCUUUAGCAUUCAGGGAGAACAAAAUUAGAUGAUAAAGAACCACGUGGACCAGGAAGUCCUCUCUGGGGGCUCAGUUCCAGAGAGUAGGAACCAGCUCUAAGGAAAUCGCCGGCAAGGUGUAAAUCUUUGUUUUCUCUUUGCGACAAGGCUUGAAAAUAAUUGCCAACGCAAGCCAUUGUAUUUUACCACUCAAUCUUCCUUUAAUAAGUUGGAUCAAUAUUCUCUGAUACCAUUGCAGUUUCAUACCUGUUGCUACAAUAUGUCAGUCUUUGUUAUAUUCACAAGAGAUUUUGAUGGUUUAACCUCACUGCCUGGAGGGGGAAUGCUGUCAGAGUGAAAUCCCAGUGGACGUCAUAUACAGAAAUAUGUGUAGUUUUGGGCAUGCUAACAGAAAUACUGUGUUUUUAUGGCUACCAUAAAUGCCUGAAAUACUGAUAAAGAAUCUUAAAAUCUGUUUCAAAAAUUUGUACCCAUAAACUGCAACCUAGCAAAGCCACCAGGAUUGUGAAUGUUUGCCUUUCUAUACCAUGUUUCUUUCAGCAGCUUCUACAUUAGAGAAGGAUUCAUUCCCAAAAAGAACUAAUUAGGAGGCAUUUUUGGUUAAAAGGUGGUAAACUCCUUUUUCUACCUAAUUUGAAUGUGACAAAUUCAGAAAUGUUCUUUAUCAAACUCAGUUUUGUCAUUAUUGUAUUUUCAAUUUAAAAAUAAAACAGUGGUAUCUGAAA